GACAAAGCUUUACCGUUUGAAAGUGAUUACUUUUUCUGGGGACUUUUCUGCUCUCUAUGGUUUCUUACGUUAACAGUUCUCUACAUUACCCGCAUGUCGAGUAUCUUCUACUGUUCAAUUUUCGGUGCUUAUCUUUUGAUCGUAGCAUUUGAUUAUUACAUCGGAUCAAGCCUGAAGUACAUCAUAAUAAAUAUUGUCCGAAGAAUCACCGUUCCCAACUAUGAUGUUGCUAUUUUCGCACCUCCUUAUGGAACUGCAGAAAUGACACUUACCGCGUUUUGGGUAAUCUUUACAUUGCUAUCCUUUUUCAUUCAACUGAAAUCUUGUUGUGAAAGGAGGAAUAAUUUGGAUGAGAUGACAAUUCCAUUAGCUACCAGAGACGAAACUGGUGCUAUUCAUUAUACACCUUGGGCCAAUAUUUUCAGGGAACAUCGUCAGCUUCGUAAAUCGCUACGAGAUUCCGAUAGGGCGAGUUCUCGAUGCUGCAAUAUUUUGUAGUUUCUCUGGUCUCGAUGGAUGGAGACAGAUCUGCUUCUUUAUUUUUAUUCAAUGAAACAAUGAAAGUACUUCUAGCCUUUAAGUUUGGUUAUUACAUAUAAGUAUGAUACCUUAAUUCUGCAUAUUUGCGUUAGCUAUUUUGUCCUUAUUUCUGUUACUUAUAUAAAGAUUUAAGUAGUAAAGUAAGGAAUAUAAUUCUUCUAUGAUAAGAUUAAUGAUGCCUUGUCUAUAGUCUUUCUUGUUAAAAGACUUUUAAUCUCAUGUCAAUGGUUAUUAAUGGUUUUCCCUACUUUUAGUAAAACUAUUUAAUUAAGGUGAUCACAUAAUUUCAGUUUCUGAUCAUAACGAAAAGUUAUUUCAAGUUUAAUAAAAAAAGCGUUCAAAAAUAGUUAUAUAGUGUGCUGUGGAAAAGCAGUAAUGCAGAAAUAUCCAAUCUAGAAAUAUCUACUGCAAACUUCCAAGUCUAAACUUUUAAUUUUGAGACAUCUAAAUAAAUAUUAUUUCCAAAUUAA